AGCGGAACGGGGAAAGACACCGAGGGUUAUGGUUGCGAGGGUUUGUUUGUAUAUUAGUUCACGACUUCCUACGUUGUAGAGGUGUCCUUUGAUAUUGCAUCUAUACAAUACCUACCAGUACCUACAACAAUCACCACCACCUCUCCUUCCACCCCACAACCCAAGCCAACCCAACAAUGCCCACCCCCAUCGACCGCGCCGUAAGCCAACGUGGCCCGUUCUUUGCCUUCGCCGCCGUCGUCACAGGCGUUGCAGCCUGGAGCAUCUGGGGCCAAGAUCUGUUUCCGAGCAGUGAUCCCACGGGAGAUCCGGAGACGUGGACUCGCGAGCAGUGCGUUACUUGGCUCACUAACAGAAACUUGCACCCUUCUCCUAUUGCAACGGCCGCCGAGCUCUUGGAGCGCAUCAAGGCGAAUAUGCGAGUGGUCCGUGACGGCACGAAUGGAAGCACAGGACGUUGA